AUGGCGGACAUAGCGGCAGAACUAGACGAAGGAGGACUGAAGAGAACCUUGAAAGACCUAUUUGCUGGGGCUGCUGGAGGUGUGGCACAGGUUCUAUUGGGCCAACCAUUCGACAUAGUCAAAGUCCGUCUUCAAACCACUACGCAAUACUCAAAUGCUCUCGAAGCCGCUCAAACUAUCUACCGCAAUGAAGGUGCUCUUGCUUUCUACAAAGGCACCCUUACACCUUUGAUCGGUAUCGGAGCCUGUGUUUCCGUCCAAUUCGGAGCAUUUCACCAAGCCCGUCGCUACCUUGAAAAUUACAACGCUUCCCGCAAUCCUCUAUCUCCAGGCCUUUCCUAUGCUCAGUAUUAUGCUGCCGGUGCGUUUGCUGGUAUCGCUAACUCGGGCAUCUCCGGUCCUAUCGAACACGUGAGAAUUAGAUUGCAAACCCAACCGCACGGUGCAGGAAGACUCUACAAUGGUCCAUUGGAUUGUGUUCGAAAAUUGUCUGCACACGGAGGUGUUCUUAAAGGUCUCUAUCGCGGCGAAGCAGUUACCAUUAUGAGAGAAGCGCAAGCCUAUGGUGUAUGGUUCCUCUCUUUCGAAUACAUGAUGAACAGCGACGCAGCCCGCAACAAAAUCGAACGCAAGGAUAUUCCGAGCUGGAAAAUUGCUCUUUAUGGAGGUCUUGCUGGAGAAGCAUUAUGGUUGGCUAGUUAUCCGUUUGAUGUUGUCAAAAGCAAGAUGCAGAGUGAUGGGUUUGGGGAGAAGAUGAAGUAUAAUGGGAUGAGGGAGUGCUUCGCGAAGACGUGGAGGGCGGAAGGUGCAAGAGGAUUCUGGAAGGGGAUUUUUCCCACGUUGUUGAGGGCCAUGCCAGUCAGUGCGGGAACAUUUGCGGUGGUGGAAAUGACCAUGAGAGCGAUCUCUUAG